GAUUCAGGUUGUAGAAAAAGAGAAAGAAGAAAACUUUAAUCAUCUUAUGGAUUCAAGUGUAGAAAAAACGAGAGAUCCUUGCUGCUUGAUGAAAACCCAUUUCUUAAAACCUUACGUAACCUCCAUUGAUGGUCCUGUAGCCGAGCUCCCUCCUCGUCGUCGUCAACGUGUCUCUUCUUCAUCAGACGUAAAGGUUCUGACUUUGAGGCGUUUCGACAAUGGGGUUGGGUCUACAGAUCGUACUUUCACAUCCUGGAUGCGAAAGAUGGAAGCUUUACACGAACCCACUUGGAGAAAAGCUGGGAUCUUUGAAGCUAUCAAGGCAUCUACUUUCAAAAUCAGUAAAAACCCAUCUUUGAUUCAAGCCCUAGUUGAGAAAUGGUGUCCCGAGACCAAAUCGUUCGUGUUCCCUUGGGGUGAAGCAACGAUAACGUUAGAGGAUGUGAUGGUUCUUCUAGGGUUUUCAGUUUUGGGUUCUUCUGUUUGUGCUUCUGUGGAAAGCUCAGAGAUGAGAGGUGCCGUGAAGAAGCUGGAGAAAGCAAGGACAAUGAUUAUGGGGGGCAAAGGUGGGCAAGUGAGACAGUCGCAAUGGACUUUGCGUUUCAGAGACAGAGAUGAUGAUUCGUUGGAGCAUGAAGCGUUUCUCGCCAUGUGGCUUUCGAUUUUAGUGUUUCCACAUAUGUCUCGCCGCUCUAUUUCAAGACGUGUGUUCGCUAUUGCUGUCCGUUUAGCUAGAGGGGAAAGGGUUGCUCUUGCUCCUGCUGUUCUCGCUAGCGUGUACAGAGAUUUAGGUGCCAUUACAGGAGAUGAUGAGUCUUAUCAUCCCAAGUCUCUGUUGAAGUUAGUCCAAGUGUGGACUUGGGAGAGGUUCAAGAACGUGAGGCCAAAAGCUAAAGAGAUACCUAAAGGGGAGCCGAGAAUCUCUCGGUGGGAGGGUUUGCAGAAGAAGUAUGAGAAUGUGAGAAUGAGUCUUGAUGAUUUCGAGUGGCGUCCAUAUACUAAACCAUUACAGAACUGGAACCCUCUUCGGUUUUACGUUGAGGAAGCUAUGUGGAUACCUAUUGAUAACGGUAUUGAUGAUGAGUUUGUUGCGUUUGCUAGAUGUGUGAGGAGUUCUAAGCUUGUUGGGAUUGGUUUUGUAGAGGAUUACUAUCCUAAUCGAGUGGCGAUGCAGUUCGGGUUUAGUCAAGAUCUUCCUGGUUUGGUUACUCGUCAUAGCAGUGACUUCACAGAGAAGGAAGCAUGGGAUGAUUACAAUAAGUCUCUUGUUGGUUUGAAGCUGUACAUGCCUUCUCGUCUUUCUGCAGGUUCUGUUACUAUGAGAUACCGAGACUGGUGGGUGAAAUCAGUUUCACAGUUUCUUGGUUUUGAGGAGUCAAAUGAAACUUGUGAUACAAGCAAUGCUGGUGAGGAUGAUGCACUUCUUCAGAAGUUGGGAGAAGGGUUUCCUGCUGAGUUCAAGCGAUCUAGGAAACUUAGAAUAGCGAGACGUAUGGGAUCAGUUUCAGUAGAAAUGCCACUUAGUGAGUUGUUUCACAAGGAGUUAGCGAAGAGGACAAGUGAGCAUUUGAGAGGCAAGCGAGCUCGUGAGGAUGAUGAUGAUGCGAAUCAUACGGAUUCUUAUGAUGAUGUUACUAUUUCUCAGCUGGUCAAAUGUAGAAAGAUAACGGGAGGAGAUGCUUCUGGAUCACAUGGAAUCAGGAGGAGAGAUAACAGUGAUUCAGGGAUUUAUCAAGAGCUUGCUUCUGGUGAAGAUGAAACUGUAGCACCACAAGAAGUAGAGAAAAGGAAUGAACAGAAUGAUGAAGAAGAAACUCGAAGCCAAGCAAAUGAGAUUACUAUUCUGCCACCACCAGAGGCAAGACAGACAGGUGUUGCUGCUGUAAAUGGAAGAAACAAUCCAGAGAAUAAGAAGAAUGUGGUUGAUGAUGGAACCAAGGAAGCAGAGUGUUUGCUCCAUGAAGACGGAGAGAAGCCAUCUCGUCUUGCUACAGGUUCUGUUACUACAAGAUACAGGACUGGUGAUUUUGGUGCAUCAGUUCCAGUAGAAAAGACACUUAGUGAAUUGUUUCACAAGGAGUUAGCGAAGAGGACAAGUGAGGACCCGCGAGCUCGUGAGGAUGAUGAUGAUGAUGAGAAUCAUAUGGAUUCUUAUGAUGAUAUUACCAUUUCUCAGCUGGUCAAAUGUAGAAAGAAAGAUGGAGGAGAUGUUUCUGGAUCACUUGGAAUCAGGAGGAGAGAUAAGGAUGAUAACAAUGACUCAAGGAUUUGUCAAGAGCUUGCUUCUAAAGAUGAUGAAACUGUUACACCACUAGUUAUAGAGCCACAGACUGAUGAAGAAGAAACUAGAAGUGAAGCAGUGGAGACUGUGGUUAUGAUCCCAUGUAUUGGUGACACUGUCCUGUCACCAAUGAAGGCAGGAGAAACCUGUGUUGAUGUAAAUAGAAGUGAAGCAGUAGUGGAGACUGUGGUCGAUGCUGGAACCAAGGAAGCAGAGUGUUUGCUUGAUGAUGAAAGACUGAAACAUAGAAAGCUUACAACAGAGGAGCUAGCAUUGAACCUAGAGGCACGUUUUAUGAAGGUGGAGAAGACUUUGGAAACGAUUAGAAACUGGAUAACCAAAAAAAGAAACCAUAUCCAAACGUUAUGAUCUGAAACAAGACAACAAUGUCACAUAUCACUCUUUUGCAUAAUCUUGUCAACUUUAACUUAGCUUUAUGAUGUUUUAUGUGUGUAUUUAGUUUAGUACUAUUUGAAAUAUAUAAUCAAAAAUGUUAAAAUGAAUAUU